AUGGAGGAGUGGUUAACGGUGUGGCUUGGCGUCUCCGAGGCCUGCGUUCGAGACUGCUCCAUGCCAACUCUUUAUGAUUUACGAGAACCCGAGUCAUCAUACAAAUACCUUCCUUUACUCCCAGUAUAUAAGGCGACGGCAGCCGCCAGAAUCGUCAUUUUUGAGCCUAACUUCAUAAGAGCAACAUCUCUCGCAAGUAGCUCUGCAGAAGGAAGCCAAGCUAAGCGGAAGCCUAAGGGGAAGGAGAUCCGCCUCGGGAAGGGCACGUACGGGCGCGUGGUGCGCGUGAGCUACAAGGGCAAGGAGUGCGCCCUCAAGCUGGCCGCUCCCGGCUCCAAGGUGGUGUUCGAGCACGAGAUGGAGAUGCUGAGGCGGCUGCAGGGCGCGGGGGGAGCGCCCCUGCCCUUGGCGUACAGUGAGGACCCGUCGUGCCUCCUGAUGACGUACCUGGGCAAGGAGUGCCUGGCCGACGUCCUGAGUGCGCAGCGCAGCCUGAAGCAGCUCCUGCAGGUCAGCGUGAAGCUGGCGGAGGCCGUGGCGGCCGUGCACGCCGCCGGCAUCGUGCACUGCGACCUGAAGCCCACCAACGUGAUGGUGCAGCUGCGCGGCGCAGCAGGAGCGCCGUCGGUGCACAUCAUCGACUUCGGGCUGGCACUGCCGCUGGGCCAGUGCCAUCCCGAGAGCAACAAAGGCCGGUAG